AUGCCGACGAUCAACUGUUAUUUAAUCGAAAUGUACCACGAGGAUGAGUAUCGCUGUACAGGGGAACUAUGCGUCAUCAUUCUUUCCGAUGAAUCUAUAGGGCCAGAGGAUCUAACCUUUCCGCGUCAUGGCUGCUAUCUUCAAGACUCGACGUAUGCUACGGGUCGCGUCGAGGCCGGAAUCUACGUGUACAACAACACGUACAAAUACAUAUUUUGCGCCGAAGAUCUCUCCGUAUGUCUAUCCGGAGGCCACGACUACGACUAUGGCUACUACUACAUCCGCUACUAUGGCCACUACGACCGCUGC